CGCUGCCCUCUACUCUUCUCCCGCUCUUCUCCAGGGGUCAGUUACUCCGUUAAAGUAACUGCUUGAAGACUUUGACUCUGCUCUGUCUGCAGCUUGUUCCUCACAGCCACCAUGGUGCACAGCAGCUGGAUCUGCAGAUUCCUCCUCCUGGCACUCCUAAGCCUCAUGGUGGCCUUUGUGCACACAGAUGCAGAUGCAGACCCUGCCUCACCGACCAGGGACAACCAAGACACGUCUGGAGACCUGCCCAUUGAUGUCACCACCAAAACCCCUUUCCAUGGCAUGCCAGAACUCACCUUCACCUACAACUACGAGGACUCCACACACUCCCACACCCUGGACUGGGAGGAAGGGGUGCUGGGGCCUGGGGCCAUCUCAGCCAUCGUCAUAGCAGUGUUCCUGGGAGCGUCUGUCCUCCUCGCCCUCAUCGUCAUCACACUCAGGAAGUUCACAGCCUCCUAGAGAGAAUACAUCCAAUCUUGUGUGUGUGUGUAUGUCUGUGAGUGUGCAUGUGUGUGCGUGUUUAUAGGCCUUGAGUGAUUGCAUGUUAACAUUUCUCUCUUCUAAGCCUCUCAUCUCAGAACAUAUCCUUCUUCUUUAUAGACGAGUUGUGUCUUAUGCUUUGCUGUGUGGCAGGUCCCUUGACAGACUAUUUGCAGACUUACUCCUGUAAACACAUUGUCCUUGACAAUAUUCAAAUGGCCGCCAAUUUCUUCUGAUGGCAGGCUCAGGGUGGGAAGCUCAAUAAUCACAAGCAAACUGGCGCCAAUGAUGAGUACAACAGCAUGAUGUUGAGUAAAAAGGAUUAUUAAAAAGAAAAACAUUAUCCACACAAAAACCACAGAUCGACUGCUUUGUACUAUGAACAUGUUCUAGUUUUUCUUGCAACCAUUGAA